GUGUUCUCUGAUCUGCUUCUAUGAUAUAUCUGAGAUUAUCUGUUGAAAAUGUACUUUUAUCAAUAGAUUUAUUCUAACAAGAGUGUUAUUUUUCAUAAAAUUACAAUGAGUAAUUUUCCUUAUAAUAUACUGUAGAAUAUACAGAACAUACAGUACAGGUCAGCCUGAAUAUGUAAAUAUGUAAAUGAUCAUACCUUACUCAUAUGCCUGUGGCCUUGUGCCAUUAGAGAAGCUGCUGUAAAUGUCAGCUAGUUUGUUCAGGGUGAUUGCAGUUUCAUGAGGAACAUCAGUCUCUCUGACAGCAGUUUACUAAGCCCACUUCCUGUAUAUACCUGCUGUGAUAAGAGGAACAUUGUCAGAGGGAUGGGGCUCGCCCUCCCAAGCAGGUGGCCAGAUGACAGUGCCCAUUUAUUACUCAAACCCUGUCAGUUUACCUAUGUGAACUAAUCUGAGACUCUGAGAAAACAUGAAUGAGGUACUCUAUCAGUUGUGAGGUCUGACUCUCUGCUGGAUUGUGUGGUUUUUCAUUGGAACAUGUGACGUAGCUGUACAUUUCUCGACAUAACAGAGAAACUAUUUACUUACUGUAAUCCUUUGGCUUCAGUUAUUCGUCUCAGAUGUCAUGGCAGACCAGGACGAUUCAUUGCGAGCCAUGCAGAACUGCUUCCGCAGUCAGUUUAGUGUGGAGGAGGUUGAGUGUGAGGACAUUGAAGCAAGCAGGAGAACAUCAUCGGUUGAUGAAGAUAGUAUCGAUCUUGCCUGCACACUGUCACGAUCAAACGACCUCGGAGACUCUGAUCUUCACCACACUCCUGUUAUCAAGAUGGGCUGGCUGGACAAGACCCCACCUCAGGGGUAAGAGAGAGAGGAGCCUUAUUUUCCAGAAGCGUUGGGUGAUGUUGGAUGCAAAAUACCUGCGAUACUUUCAAAAUGAGAAGGAGGUCUACUCAAAGCGGAUCAUAGCCAUACUGUCUGUCACUGAAGUGCUUAACGUUGGAGAGCAGAAGUUUGAGGUGGUGACAAGGAACAGGACUUUCUUGUUCCGUGCUGAAAACAACACUGUCAGGGAGGAAUGGGUGUCAGUACUGAAAGAAACUAUUCAGCAGCGUCGUAGCAGCAUGGAGAUGUCCCUUAUGAACUUCAGUUUUACUAGUGGACAGCGUGAUAGUGGAGUCUCUCUCAUUAGUAAACAAGGAUACCUGGAGAUGAAUGGACUGCGCUCCAAGGUCUAUGUAGUCAUCUGUGCAGACAGGGUCUUCCUCUACGGGAACGCUGAGGAGCACAGCCAGGGUGUUGGCAUCACCUACAUUGAGAUGAAUGUGGGUACUGUGAAGAGCACAGACAAACGGUCCUUCAACCUCACCACCUUCUACAGAACAUUCAGUUUCCUGGCCGAGUCGGCGCAGCAGAGGGAUCAGUGGGUGGAGGCCCUGCAGGACUGUGUCAGUCGCUCUCUGUCCAGCGAUGUGGUGGCCCAGAAGAUCUGGGCUGUGGAGGCCAACCAGCGCUGUGCAGACUGUGGCGCCCCCCAUCCAGACUGGGCAUCUGUCAACCUCUGUGUGGUCCUUUGCAAGUGCUGUGCAGGCGUGCACAGGGGUCUGGGCCAGAGUGUGUCCAAAGUUCGCAGUCUGAGAAUGGAUGAAAAGGUGUGGACUGAUAACCUUAUUCAGGUGUUCCUGUUAGGUAACAACAGGGUAAACCUGUUCUGGGCAGCUAACAUGCCACCAAGCGAGGCGCUCCACCCAUCAAGUGAUAGUGAGAAGCGCCAGCGCUUUGUCUCUGCUAAGUACUGCCAGGGGAAAUACCGUCGCUACCAUGCUCUGUUUGGCCAACAGGAGGCCCUCAACAAAGCUCUGUGCAGUACCGUUCAGACGGAUGAUGUAUUGGAGACUCUGUCUCUGGUGUUCUGUGGAGCAGAUGUGAACUGUUAUACAGGUGAUCCAGAGCUGCCCAGCCCUGUGUCCGUGGCCCAACACUAUGGACAGAUACUACAGGUGGAGUUCUUAACUCACAACCACAACACAGAUCUGCCAGGGUCUAGGGCUGGAGAUCACACACUCCUAGAGGCUGCUCUCCCCGUCUCACACACUGGUUAUCUCUUCAAGACCGCUUCCUCAAUACGGCCAGUAACAGAGUGCAAAGCAAAAGGAGAUUUUAGCCGUCGAUGGUGCUCUCUGAACCAAGGUAACUUCAGCUACUAUGAGAGUGAGAAGAGCUCCAGUCAGAGCGGCGGGUUGAAGAUGAGUGAUGUCCUGUGUCUGUUGGUCAAUCCCCCAGGGAAACAUGGUUAUGCCCAUUCCUUUGAGCUGUACCAUGACUCUGGGAGAGUCUAUCUAUUUGGAGAAGACUCCUCUGACAAAGUGAAAGGGUGGAUCAAGGCCAUCGCCAAGGCGCUGGUCCCCUCUGCAGCAGAGGACCUGGUGUGCUGGCCCUUUGAGAGGGUGGGCCGGUUGCGCUACACUGAGGGCCAGAGCCACCAUAGCCCCCUCCUGGGCUGGUUCUCCCUGGGGGGCUCCAGACUGCUCCUACUCCUCCACGGAGCAGAUCGAGUGGAGAACAUCGACCUGCGCAAAAUAAAGGAGCUCUCCAUGGAGCAGGAGGCUGGUGCUGUGGUGCUGGUGGACGGAGGCAGAAGCCUGCGUGUGGAGGGGGACAGGAGGCCUGACUUCCAGGGCUGGCUGAGUGGGCUCCAACAGGGCUCAGGGAGAGGAGACGGCUCCCUGGACCAGCAGCAGCUCACUGACACAGACGUCCCUGUCAUCGUGGACCGCUGCAUGAGCUACAUCACACAGCAUGGUUUGAAGUCAGAGGGCAUCUAUCGGAGGUGUGGUGUGAACUCCAAGAUCGCCGCCCUGCUGUUCUUUCUCCGCCAUGAUGCCCGGCAGGUCCGUCUGAGUGAAGAGGAGCGCCAGGUGGAUGACGUGGCAAACGUCCUGAAGAGGUUCCUCAGGGAAGUGGGAGAGGGGGUUUUCAAUGGCCAUCAGGCCUCUCUGCCAUGGCUCCACACCACUACUAUCAGUGAGAUGAGUGAGAGAGUGUCCCAGUACCAGGCCCUCCUCCACAGCCUCCCCCGAGUCAACAGAGCCACUCUGGGGGCUGUCAUCAACCACCUCUACUGCGUCCAGUGCUUUGCAGAUGAGAAUCAGAUGAACAUGCACAACCUGGCCAUUGUGUUUGGUCCCACGCUCUUCCAGAUGGACGGCACUGAUAACAGCGCAGGACAGGUGGUAGAGGAUCUCAUCCAGAACUACCAGGACAUCUUCAAUGUGGAUGCAGAGCAGUUUCAGAGGCAGCUGGACAUGAUCUCGCAUGUCAUCAAAGCACAGAAGGAACACACAAAGGAGGGAAGCCCAUCACCUCUCACCAUCUGUGGGGUUUACCUGGAGAGGAAGGAGGAGGGCUCUGAGCUGCUGGUUCAGAUCUCCCAGGAAGUGAGUGCUGAGGAGCUGGUAUGUAAGGUCCUGAGACGCAGGAACAUCCCUCCACAGCAGGGGGACUACUGGAGCUGCUUCCUGGUCGACGACAACCAGGAGAUAGAGCGUCCAUUGCACUAUCAGGAGCGAGCGCUGACUAUCUAUUUCUCUCUGGGUAAAGACUGUCAUCUGGUGGUCAAGAAGAACUGCUACAUGGAGGCCAUUCUUACCUACAUAGCAGGCAGGGUAGAUGUGUCCCGAAACGGCCUGAUCAAGUUCUGUGAAGAGAAAGGUCAAAGGGGUAAGGGAACCUUCAGCAGACGCCUCUGUGUGCUCAGUGGCUUGUCUCUAAGGCUGUACAAAGAAGUGAAGAGUUCUCAGCCUGAGAGGGAGUGUCCAGUCCAUGCUCUGAAGGUCUACUGUGGUAUCAAGAGGAAGUUACAGCCACCGUCAUGCUGGGGGAUGACUGUACUGUGUGAGAAGGCAGUACGAGACAUACAGCAAUGGUACCUGUGCUGUGAAUCAAAGAACGAGCUGAUCGAGUGGCUGGCCACUUUUAUGAGGCUCCAGCAUGAUGGUGAUCUGUGGCCAGCAGCUUCCAGGCUAGAUUCCUGAUCUGAGGCUGAAGGGGAAAUAACCUGAUCCUGCUUUCCCAUCCCAUCUACUACUAGAGAUGUUUUCAAGUCUUCAGGUCUUUUCUGGAAAGAAAUGCGCUUUCACUGUAAAUCAAUAACCUCAAAGUA